AUGUCCGCCAAAUCCAUUUACGAGGCCGAUGGUAAGGCCAUCCUCAACUACCACCUUACUCGUGCUCCUGUGAUCAAGCCUACUCCUUUGCCUCCUUCCUCCACACACAACCCUCCUGCUCGUCUCGCCUCGCUGGACUUCCCGGAUGACAAGGCCCCCAAGGAUGUCCUCGACCAGGCGGAGAUCACCUACCCUUGGCUCCUCACCCCCGGCGCCAAGUUUGUCGCAAAGCCCGAUCAAUUGAUCAAGCGUCGUGGCAAGAGCGGUCUUCUGGCUCUGAACAAGACCUGGGCUGAGGCUCGUGAGUGGAUUGAGGCUCGUGCCGCCAAGGACGUCCAAGUUGAGACCGUCACUGGUGUUCUGCGUCACUUCCUCGUCGAGCCUUUUGUGCCACACCCGCAGGAGACUGAGUACUACAUCAACAUCAACUCCGUCCGUGAGGGAGACUGGAUCCUCUUCACUGAUGAGGGUGGUGUUGACGUUGGCGAUGUCGAUGCUAAGGCCAAGAAGAUUCUCAUUCCUGUCCAGCUCAAGGACUUCCCCUCCAACGAGACUCUGGCGGCUGAGCUCCUGCCCAACGUCCCUAAGGGUAUCCACAAUGUCCUGGUGGACUUCAUCUCCCGCCUGUACGCCGUCUAUGUCGACUGCCAGUUCACCUACCUCGAGAUCAAUCCUCUGGUGGUCAUCCCCAACGCCGAUGCCACCUCUGCCGAUGUGCACUUCCUCGAUCUGGCUGCCAAGCUUGACCAGACCGCUGAGUUCGAGUGUGGCACCAAGUGGGCUAUUGCUCGUAGCCCCGCUGCUCUGGGUCUGACUGCUGUCGCUCCUGCCGACGGCAAGGUCAACAUCGACGCUGGUCCGCCGAUGGAGUUCCCCGCCCCCUUCGGUCGUGAGAUGACCAAGGAGGAAAAGUACAUCUCGGACAUGGACGCCAAGACCGGUGCGUCCCUCAAGCUGACCGUCCUGAACGCCGAGGGCCGUGUCUGGACCCUGGUUGCUGGUGGUGGUGCCUCCGUCGUCUAUGCCGAUGCCAUUGCCUCCGCUGGCUUCGCCCAGACCUACAACUACGCCCGCACUGUCCUCGACCUGAUGCUGCGCGCUCCUACCCACCCCGAGGGCAAGGUCCUCUUCAUCGGUGGUGGUAUUGCCAACUUCACCAACGUUGCCAGCACUUUCAAGGGUGUCAUCCGCGCUCUGCGUGACGUUGCCCCCGUCCUUAACGAGCACAAGGUCCAGAUCUGGGUCCGUCGUGCCGGUCCUAACUACCAGGAGGGUCUUAAGAACAUUAAGGCCGCUGGUGUCGAGCUCGGUCUGGACAUGCACGUCUACGGCCCCGAGAUGCACGUUUCUGGUAUCGUUCCCCUCGCCCUGCAGGGCAAGCAGACCGACAUCAAGGAAUUCGGCGCAUAG